AUGGCCCAGCAAACACUUUUGUCGCCCGCAGAGCUUGCGUACCUCCACAGCUCCCUCUCCCUCAGCCCCCCCAUCCGCCCCGACGGCAGAACGUCCAAGCAGUUCCGCCCGCUGACGGCCGAGACGGGGAUCCUGCCCGGCACGAACGGCAGCGCGCGGGUGUGCCUGUCAGACGGCACGGAGGCCAUCGUAGGCGUCAAGGCGGAGAUUGAGAAGACGGCGGAUCCGCUGGGCGACGACGGGGAGCGGUACCGCGAGGGGGAGUGGCUGGAGAUGACGGUCGAGAUCCCCGGGAUGAGGGACGACGACGCGGGGACGGUGUUUCUGGCCGAGCUGCUGAGGGAGGCGCUGCUGGCGGAUGGGGAGCUUGCGAAGAAGCUAUGGAUCAACCGACGUUUCCAUUGGAGACUAUAUUUAGAUAUUCUUUUGAUAUCGCCGCCACUGUCAUACCCCUUACCGCUGCUCUCUCUGACAACACACCUCGCCCUCCUGGCGACGCGCCUGCCGCGGCUCAAAUCCGAAGGCGACGAAGACCCCAUGUUCGACGACGACUGGGAAGCCGCGCCCUUCCUGUACCCGCGCCAGGGCGCGGCGGCGGGCUCGCGGCCGUCCAUCACGCUGCUGGUCGUCGCCGUGGGCGACAGCAUCCUGUUCGACCCGUCCAAGGAGGAGCUCGCGGUGGCGGACUCGGCGCUGGCGGUGUCGCUGUGCGAGGUCCGGCGGGAGCGCGCGCAGGGCAGCAUGGAGGUGGACUCCCCCGGGCGCGAGCUGCGGCUGGUGGCGAUGCGGACGAUUGACCUCCCCUCGAGGCUGACGCCGCCGGGGGUGCCCAGCACGGCGAACCUGGCGGCGAGCGGGACGACGCCUGACGUGCCACUGCAGCAGAGGCAGCAAACAACAGCGUCGGAGGAGGGUCCACAGGAGGGUGUCUGGAAGGCGCCUUUGGGAGGGACCCCGUUUGCUGUCCUGGACAGCAUCAUACAGGCCGUCUUGGAAAAGGGGGGUGUCGCGGACGAGGUUUUGGAUGGGCUGGAAGGAGUUGAUCUGACGUGA